GUUUUCGGGUUCGGAGCGAACGAAGAAAUCCGGUCUGCUGUUAAGCUGACCAAAACAUCGGCGAACUGUACCAGUGGCCCUUUCAUACAUACGUCCGCAAAACUGCACAACAGCAGAAGAAGUCGACUUUGAUUUUCCAUUCUAUUUUUCUUCUUUCCAAACGUAGCUGCUGAAUUGUACCGGUGAUCGACAUCAGCAAGUCCAUCACACAGCUAAAGCAAGCUAUCGAUUCCUUAGGAAAAUUCAAGAAUGCGGUCGAAAUUAGCAUCUUCUUGGUUUCUAGGGUUGGCGAUCUCCGUUGCUCUCGCUGCUCUAUUUCUCCGCUCCUCAGUAAAGACGCCUACCCAAUCUAAGCUGUGGACCCCAGAGGAGCUGACUAUGUACAAUGGAACUGAUGAUAGAUUGCCCAUUCUCCUAGGAAUUCUUGGCUCCGUGUUUGAUGUCACAAAAGGAAGAACUCAUUAUGGUCCAGGAGGGGGUUACAAUCAUUUUGCCGGCAGGGAUGCAUCUCGUGCGUUUAUUUCAGGAAACUUUACAGGGGAUGGAUUAACGGACUCAUUGCAGGGUUUAUCUACUUCAGAGAUGAAAAGCAUAGUUGAUUGGCGUGCUUUCUACUUCAGAAGCUACAUAUUUGUUGGUAAAUUAGUGGGUCGGUACUACAAUAGCCAAGGAAACCCGACCAAGUAUUUAAAGGGAGUCGAAGCGAAGGCUGCUAGAGGGGCCCAGCUUUUAGAGAAACAGAAGAAUGAAGAAGCUAAAUUGCCCACUUGUAAUUCAAGAUGGAGUCAGGAAGAGGGAGGAGAGGUAUGGUGCGAUGUUGGCUACCCGAGGUUAGUCCAAAGACCUUUAGAAAUUGCACUGACUGGGAAAAUGAGCCGGCGCUGUGCAUGCUUCAAGGAAGAAGAACUAGAUCAGCCAGGCCUGGAGGUAUAUGAUGGUUGUGAGAGGUUGUCAAAGACCUGUCCCGUCUGAAAUUCUUCCACGAUUUUCUUCUUCUUCUUCUUCUUCUUUUAUAAAUAUUUAUAUUUUUGAUCGGUAAAGAACUGGAUCAGCCAAGCUUGGAGGCAUGUUAUGGUUGUCAAAGACCUCCCUCUUUUGAAACUCUUCUGCGAUUAUCGUCUUCUUUGUUUCUUUUUUUUCCUAUAUAUAUAUAUAUCAGUGGUAUUACUUGACCUAAGGGCAUGAGCCUAUAGCUCACCGGUGGAUUGGGUGUGUUUGAACAUUGAGGUCUCAGGUUCGAGCUCAGCUUACCUAUUUAAAAAAAGUAUUACUUUACCAAUUUUCAACUGAAUUACACGGCAAAUGUAGAAAACAUAAAAUUAUUGGGAUCACCUGUUUCAUUUUUGAA